AUGGGCCUACCUCAGGACGUCUCGACGGAAGUCGUUCCCGCAACGAACAUCAUACAAUCCGACGAAGAGCUCAAGGCGAAGCCGCACAAGUGGUACUACUACCUUUGGGAUACCUUGGACAAGCCGAAGGAAGAAAGAUGGUUCAUGUUCAAGCUCGAUGCGGCUCUACUUACGUUCGCAUCUUUGGGAUACUUUAUCAAGUACCUUGAUCAGUCGAAUAUAAACAGCGCUUUUGUGUCUGGAAUGAAGGAGGACCUUGGGCUUUAUGGGAACCAACUCAACUACAUGCAAACUUGUUGGACUGUGGGUUAUGUCAUUGGCGAACUACCCAGCAAUAUCAUCUUAACUCGGGUUCGACCAUCGAUUUGGAUACCAGCAAUGGAGCUUACAUGGGCCGUCUUGACGUUUUGUCUCUGUCGCGCCAACAACGCAGAAACCAUCUACGCACUACGUUUUCUUAUCGGUCUUGCCGAGAGCACAUUCUACCCAGGCAUGCAAUACAUGAUCGGAUCGUGGUAUCGGAGGGAAGAGCUCGCGAAGAGAUCUUGCAUCUUCCAUACCAGCGGUGCCAUCGCGAAUAUGUUCUCUGGUUAUUUGAUGGCCGGUGUGUAUAAGCUUGACGGAAAAGCAGGUUUCAAGGGCUGGCAGUGGUUGUUUAUCGUCGAUGGUAUCAUCUCCGUACCUAUCGCGUUGCUUGGCUUCUUCGCACUGCCUGAUCUUCCCGAGAUCUCCAAGCCUUUUUACUUGACCAAGGAGGAAGUCGCCUUCGCUCAAAAGCGCAUGGAGCUCGAAGGUCGGCAAAAGCGAAAACCAUACACGAGAGCCAAGAUCCUGAAGAUAUUUACAUCGUGGCAUAUCUGGGCUCUCGUCCUGCUUUAUGUGUUCUUCAACAACGGAACCUCGGGUGGCCAACCCGUUUUCCAGCAGUUUCUCAAAGCAAGCAAGGAUCCAAAGUAUACUGUCAGCGAGAUCAACACGUACCCGACAACAACCAAUGCCGUGCAAGUCGUUACCACACUCCUGUAUGCCUGGACGAGCGACAGCAUCCUCAAAGGCUCCAGAUGGCAACCCAUCGUCUUCGGCGGGUGCAUGAACAUCAUAUGCUCUACCAGUCUCGCGAUAUGGGAUAUCCCCAUCAAGUGGAAGUGGGCUUGCUACAUCCUCUCCGGAUUCGGCGGCGGCCUUUCCGGGUUAUGCUUCGCUUGGGCUCAUGAGAUCUGCACGCAUGACAACGAGGAACGAGCCAUCGUCGUCGCAGCCAUGAACGAGAUGGCUUACGUGUUACAGGCGUGGCUGCCGCUUCUUGUUUGGAAGCAGGUCGAGGCACCGCAGUAUCGCAAGGGAUUCAUCACGGUUACAUUUUUGAGUGCUGCGCUGAUUGCCACUGCACUUACUAUCCGGCUGCUACAUGCGAGAGAGGUGGCUAAGAGACAAAAUGCUCAAACGGCCAACCAUGAUGAGCAAACCAGUUCUGAUGAGGAAGCGACUGGAUUGGGCAGCGAUGCUGACUUUACUCAAAUCAAGGCGCCCUAA